GACUCUGAAUAGAUGAUCAUGACAAGAAGAGGCUCGGACCCCACGGGCAGCGGGCAACCAAGCCAAGGAUGUCGGGCUGUUUGCAUCUCACUCACUCCUAUCGCCCCCUCGGAUUAGCGUUCCCGUGCAGCGUUCCGCUGGGCUGCAGAGCACACCCAGCACCCAGCAGCCAGAACAGCACACUGAUUCGAUCCUCGGUACAUGCUGAUUCUCCGCCUGAUCGGGGCGAACGAUUCGUCGAAAAGCCACUCGACAGGGUCGCAACCAGACUGCUGGAAUUUUAUAUGUCCCGCGCUUUCCCAGCCCAAAGGCUCGGUCCUAGGCUUCCCGCGCGCCCCCAAAACCAUGAGCCGUUCGUUUCUUUUUUUUUUCUUGCCAGCAAGUCACCUCCUGCCAGAGCAUCUGUGCCUACCCGCUGUGAAUCAGGCACCUUUGGGACCUUGCGGUACAGUACAUGACCAGGUGUCGAAGCUCAAGCGGUGUGCGAAAUGAAGAACGACGAGGAGGAUGAUCUCGACUCCAUCGUCCGACCCUCGACGUCGAAUGUCGCGGGAGUGCGAUCAACCAUGAACACCUCUGAAAGUUCUCCCUUGGCUGGAGCAUCCACGCCGAUAGAGGCCGAUAUGACGAAUUCCGAUGUCUCAAGCCCAAAUGAUGAAGAGUCUGUACCCAGGAAUCCGGAGACGAUCGUUGCACAGAUUCUGCUGUGCCGCGACGAGAUCUUG